GAGGGGACCACAUUAUGCAAACAGACUGCUCCUGCAGAUGGGAACAUUCUAAGCAACGAGCAGGCGUUUGUUUCCCUUGCAUCUCCGAGAGAGAAGCCUGCCGGUUUACUGAAUAACUUGUCAGCCUGCAAUGUCAAGAAGGCUGAAGAUGGAUUGAGAGCGAGAAGAUCUUGGCUGUUUGGUAAGACUGCCAGCAUGGGGAACCAGGACGGGAAGCUGAAAAAGACUGGAGGAGAUGGGCAGGAUUGUGCUGAGGAUGCUGGGCCCAGGGAUGCUGACGGCACAAAGAGAGGUCCAGGAGGUAAGAAAACACACUCAAAGCAUGGGAAAGGAAACGAAGGAAACAAAAAGAAGAAAUCUGAAUCGUCGCGAGCGUCUGUGUUUUCUAUCCGAAAGAGAAAACAUCCGUCACGAGGUAAAAAUAACACGAGUGGGUCCAAAGAAGAUGUACUAGAAAACCAGGCCUUACAGACUGAGGAACUAGACAGUGUCCAUUCAAUUACUAAAACUCCAGAUAUAAGCAUUUCUGCGGAUGAAGGUCUGACUGAUACUGAAGCUGACAAUUUUGACCUGACGAGCAGCAUUCGCCCAGCAGCUGCAGAGCUCCAGGACAAACAAAGGGCUAGCUCUGGCUCGGAUACAGAUAUUUACAGCUUUCAUUCAGCCACAGAACAUGAGGAUUUGCUAUCUGAUAUUCAGCAUGCUAUUAGGCUGCAGCAGGGGUCAUUUAAUGCAGCUGCUAAGGAACUGCAAAUACAAGAAAGAGAAAAUGGAAAUACCCUGCCACUAAUUGAGCAAUAUGUAAUCCUUGAAGCCUUCGGUAACAAAAAAAUCAGCCUCGAUACAGAACAUAUCUCCUCAAAGGCCGAUGAAAUAGGAAAGUCUAAUGACGUUGAAGGCCAGUAUGAAGCGAGUGAGGUAGGGACUAAUACUGAGGCAUCUUGUAGCACUUUACAAUUACCUAAAUCUCACAACAGAUUUGGUAAAACUGCAGUGGAAAAUGAGAGGCUGGUUCCCAUAGAAACUCCUGCUGAGCACAGCUCAGAGCUGGGCAACAGUUCAGAGAAUGCUAAUUUGACAGUGACACAAAAUGGAUUUGCGUUUUUCUCGGACAUUGAAACAACUCUUGAAAAGGUGCCUCUUUGCUUUGACGGAGAAUUGACAGAUGAUGCUGAUCAGAUAUGUGUUGGCAAGCAGCACAGUGUUAAUGCUGAAGAAACAUUACUAACAGAUAGCCAAACACAAGAUUCAGAAGUAUUUUUUGAUGCACCUGGUUCUCUAGCCAAAAAAGAUGCACCGAGUGUUACUGAAUGGAAAGGAGAAACUCCUGUAAGCGUACACAAAUCCUGUUGGCCCUUUCGUACAGGAACGUCCACUACUGUCAGGCCAUAUCCUCCAGUUAGUGCAAUCUUUGUUAGAACAACCACCAGGCAGUUGAGCUCUUCAAGUAAUUCACCUUCAGUUUCUCCAUCCCAGAGCCCUCUGAUUCAGAGGAGACGACCUGCAGCUGAACAAAAAAGGGGCAAGGAACAAUACAAAAAGCCGAGAUCGUACAGUGUGAAGGGCUUGCUCACUCGAUCAGCUGACUGGACGGAGGAACUCAAAUGGCAAAAAAGAAGCCGUAUUAAAAGGGCAGGGUCUGUUGAUAAUUUAGAAUGUGUACGAUAUCCAGAAAUUAUACCACUUGGAGAUAAAAGAGCUUCCAUAUCGAGCAGUGGCUUUCCUGAGAUCUUCAUGGGAAGGACUCUGUUGGAAAAGCUCUUUGGGCAGCAAGAGAACGUGCAGCUUGUGGGCGAGCAGGAAGAAGCGGAGAAACUUUGCUCUCGUAUUCUAGCUAUGGGUCUACUACUUCCAUUUGGGGACUGUUUUAGAGAACAGUGUGGUGGAGAAGCUCUUCAAAAUACUACCAAGUUUGAUCAAGACAAGCUGUACACAUGGGCAGCAGUGAGCCAACCAACCCAGUCUCGUGACCAUGUGGAAGGUCGCAUUCCUGGGAGAAUUCAGGCUGUGUGGCCACCAAAAACGUCGUGGACAGAAGAAAAGCUUAACAGUACAGAAUCUGAACAUCAAGAAACUGUUCUAAGUUUGAAGAGGAUACAGAACGAGGAAGUACAAACAUUGCAGAGGGAUGAUGAAGAGAAUGCACCAGAUCUAAAGGAAGAGGAAAUCGCUGUGAUCCAGAAACUUGAACAGACAAUUGAGCAACUAAGGGUCAAAAUAAACGAACUGGAAAAGCAAUCUGUCCAACUAGACCAUGAAAGCACUCAAAAGAACUAUGAAUCUGAUUGUGUGGAUAUACCUUCAAAAGUCUUCUGUGAUGUUCACCUUCAAACAGACGAGCAGACUUUUCUCCUGUACAGGUCAUGGAAUUCUUUUGCAGAAGCUAAGUCUGUACAGACUUCCCCUACUCAAGAAUCUGUAACUAUUGAAGUGCCUUUAUUGCAUAAACCAUCACAACCUCCAACUCUGAGCUACAGUGUUCCUUCAUCUCAGGAUCGUUCUGCAUCUCUUGUUCCAGGAUCAAGAACUCCGAUAUCUCCCUGUAGUAGUUUGCAGCCACUAUUGCCACCUUCAUCUACAUCUACACCUAGUUCUGAAGCCAUUGGAAUCCCACCUCCAGCUCUUUUACCAGACUAUGGAAUACCUCCGCCUCCCCCUCUUCCUGGUUUUGGAAUACCUCCACCUCCCCCUCUUCCUGGUUUUGGAAUACCUCCGCCGCCCCCACUUCCUGACUUUGGAAUUCCUCCGCCUCCCCCUCUACCCAGCUUUGGCAUUCCCCCGCCUCCCCCUCUACCCAGCUUUAGCAUUCCCCCACCUCCCCCUCUUCCUGGGUUUGGCAUUCCCCCGGCCCCCCCUCUACCCAACUUUGGCAUUCCCCCGCCUCCCCCUCUUCCCGGGUUUGGCAUCCCCCUGCCUCCCCCUCUACCCAGCUUUGGCAUUCCCCCACCUCCCCCGCUUCCCGGAGUUGGCAUUCCCCCACCUCCUCCUCUACCCAGCAUUGGAAUACCUCCGCCUCCCCCUCUUCCCGGCUGUGGAGUCCCUCCACCUCCCCCUCUUCCCGGCUGUGGAGUCCCUCCACCUCCCCCUCUUCCCGGCUGUGGAGUCCCUCCGCCUCCCCCUCUUCCCGGCUGUGGAAUUCCUCCGGCACCACCACCCCCAGGACAUGGUCCACCAGCUCCACCUUUUCCUCCAACAAAUCAUGGUUUUCUUCCUCCACCUCUUCCACCUGGGCUUUUUGCGUUUGCAAUGACUAAAGAAAAACCUUCCAGGAAAGUUGUAAUUGACCCUUCCUGUCCAAUGAAACCUCUGUACUGGUCAAGGAUACAGAUAAGUAGCAAAAGAGAAUCAGAAUUAUUGCCUAUUUGGGAAGCUCUUGAAGAGCCCUCUAUUAACACCCAGGAGUUGGAAACAUUCUUUUCAAAGACAGCUGUUAAGGAGAGGAAGAAACCAAUUCUGGACACCUAUAGCAAAACUAAAACUAAGCAGGUGGUGAAACUUUUGAACAACAAGAGGUCACAAGCAGUUGGGAUCCUAAUGUCCAGCCUACAUUUGGAGAUGAAAGAUAUCCAGCAUGCUGUUCUGAACUUGGACAAUUCUGUAGUUGACCUGGAGACCCUUCAAGCCCUGUACGAGAAUAGAGCACAGCCAGAGGAGCUGGAGAAAAUUGAAAAGCAGAUCCAAAAGUCAGCCAAAGACAAGGAGAAUGCUAAGCCCUUGGACAAGCCUGAGCAGUUCCUCUAUGAGCUAGCUCAAAUUAUGAAUUUUUCGGAGAGGGUGUUUUGCAUCCUUUUUCAAUCCACAUUCUUGGAAAAUAUUGCUGCUAUUCACCGCAAGCUUGAAAUAUUGGAAAAGUUGUGCAAGAUUUUUAAAACAAGUGCAGGUGUGAAACAGGUGCUGAGUUUGAUUCUUGCUUUCGGAAACUACAUGAAUGGUGGGAACAGAAGUCGAGGCCAGGCUGAUGGCUUUGGUUUAGAGAUCCUUCCAAAGCUUAGAGACGUGAAGAGCAGUGACAACAGUAUUAAUCUUCUGUUCUACCUGGUUUCCUAUUAUCUGCGUAACUUUGACAAGGAUGCUGGCACAGAUCAAAGCAUCUUCCCUUUGCCGGAGCCACAAGACCUAUUUCAAGCAUCUCAGAUGAAGUUUGAUGAUUUUCAGAAAGACCUCCGAAAAUUGAAGAAAGACUUGAAAGUCUGCGAGACAGAGGCAGAAAAGGUCUGCCGCCUUUCAUCAGUAGAAAAUCUCCAGCCUUUUAAAGACAAAAUGGAAGAAUUCAUUAAUCAAGCAAAGAUUGAUCAAGAGUCAAAGGAAAAUCGUUCAACCGAAACUCAUAAAAGCUUCCUGGAAAUGGCAGCGUACUUUACCAUGAAGCCAAAGUCAGGAGAUAAAGAAGUCACUCCAAAUCAUUUCUUCACUGUGUGGCAUGAGUUCUGUACAGACUUCAAAGAGUAUUGGAAAAAGGAAAGCAAAGUUAUUCUUAAGGAAAAGAUCAAAGAAGCAGAAGAGCAUGUAUGUUCACAGAAGAAAGGAAGGUCUUACUCUGUAAAGGAAAAAGUUGAAACGGGAAUUAAAGCAAAACUGAUUUUGAAGGACAAACGUGUUAGUGAAUUGAAUCCCUAGGAAUGGGAUGAUACAUGUGCACCAUCCUUCCACUAGCCUUUACUUUUUAUAACAAUGUAAGGGCACAUAAUCACGCUUUUGUGUCCAUUACUUAGUGGAAAUGCUACCGCUCACUUCUCAAUUGGCCUUUUCAGCAAUUUGAUUCUAUUGCCCUUUAUCUGCUAUGCACGGGCAUUGCAUUCAUUGACUGCAUGCUCACCGGACAAACAAGAGGACCUUGGACAAUAUUUCUUUGUGAAUUGCAGACCUGAAAGAUGAUGUGGGUCUGGGGUAACCAGGUACUGAAUUAGCUCACUGUUGAGGAGGGGGAAAUAAUUAGUGAUUGUAGGUGUUUAAUUCUUUCGCUGGCAGUGUCUUCAACAACAAUAUAAUCCAAAACAGAAUUAAUAAUAACUAUGAUCUGGAUAGAUUCUAUGUUGGCGUUAAUGAGUAAACAUUUGCAAUGCAUUAGAAAUAAAUGAUUAGUUAUUUUCUCAAAUACCAUUUCCUAACCUCCGCAACUUGCUGCACUGCAUAGAGUGCAUGAACAAAUUCCAUCUUUGGAAGGAUUGAUCGCUACAAUUAAAGUAUUUUUGACUUGGAUUGGAUGAAGUAGUGUUACUGUGAAGGAGUUUACAGUUUGCAACAGACAUUUCCCAGUAUUAAAAUGGAGUUUAGUCUGCCGGGAGAGGUGGUGGUAAAGAAUGCACUGUUAUUACUAUUAAGUUAAAGCUUAUGAUGAUAAACAUUUAUCUGUACAUCUUCAUAGCUUUUUGUGUUUUUAAUGUAAAUUUGGUGUCUUUUGCGAUUCAUAAAGUAUUAAAUUAUUUAAGUGUAGGAACAUAACAGCAUGUUAAUUUUAGAUUCUGUUGUCAGGAUAACUUAUAUUUGUAUAAUGCUGUAAGUUGACAAUAGUAUGUUUAAAAUCGCCAAGUGCAAUACUGUAUUUAGUCUUUCUAUCUGGAGUUUCUUUUUUCCAAUGUCUGUUAAUUUUUAUGAAAUGUACUGUAGAUUUUUCUGACAAAUAAACUUGACUAAUAAUUAAGGUUUUUUUAAAUGUACAAUGCCGA